AUGAAGGCAUUUGCUGUGGUGCUGGCUAGCUACAAGAACAAUGUGACGAUUACGGCCACGCCGCAAGGGCAUGGUGAGGCUACACAGCAGAAACGAAGUCGCAAGGGCCUGCUUUCAUCCAACGCACUGGAGGACAUCAUUGCAGGUGUUUCGACGUAUGCAUUUGUGCUGCUGCCCGUCAAUUUCGGGGGCACUCACUGGGGAUGUCUCGUUGUCGACCGAGAUGCCAAACAAGUGAAGACGUACGACAGCAAGAAUGGCAAGCGCAAUAAGCAGAGGUUGAAGAAGAUCGCGAGUGAGCUUAUUGCUGCAAAUGCGACUAUUGCGAGCUACACGACUGUAGAGGUGACCGAGCCUCUUCGGUCCGACAGUGAUAGCUGCGGUGUUUUCGUGUGUCGCUUCUUCUGGACCUGUGUUAGCGACGACGCUCCAAGUGAUGUAACGCCGACGGGUAUCACAAGCUACGCUGGGCAAUGCUGGAAGCAAUCCUGA